GGCCGCAUGCCGUGCCAAUCCGUCACCAUCAAAGCUGGCCAGUUUCUCCUGUCUAUGACGGCUAGUUUUCAGCUUCACCACUUCCUCUUUCCUUCAUCUUUUCGUGGGUUCUGGAGAAAGCAGCUAUGGCCGAUAAUCUCUAUGAACUUCUGGCUCCCCAGCUGGCCUCAACGGCAAAUGCCACAUCCGAUAUCCGCUCCCGGAAGCAUGAUACUACCACAACGCAGUACCUCAAUCGCCUCCCCACCCUCUCCCUCCAAGCUUUGCAGACGACAGAACCUCAGUCCCUAGCGCAGUCCUCACAUUCGACCCUUCUGUCGCUACAAGCGCUUUCGAACCGUUCUCACAAAGCCUUCGUCACUUCUGCAGAUAACCUAUCCAACCUUCGUACAGCUAUCCCCCAAUUGGCCCGCAACGCACACGAAUUACGAGAUGCCAUCCCCAAACUGGACGAAGAAGCGGUUUUGUUCUCGUCGAAAUAUAGUAGAGCAGCGGAGAAUGUAGCGCUCGAGCGACGGAAGAAGGUUAUGCAGCUGGCAAGGAACGUUGACCGGCUGUCGGACAUCCUGGAGCUGCCAACCUUGCUUUCCACAGCCGUGGCUUCUGCCGCGGCCAGCUCAGGUGGUACAGGUAGUUCCGCUUCGACCACAUACUCGACUGCACUGGAUCUUUAUGCGCACAUCAAGAGACUGCAGACUCUGUACCCGGAUUCUCCGCUUGUCAAAGACGUGGUCAUGCAGGCAGAAGAAGCGAUGAAGAACAUGACCUCCAAUCUGAUUGCUGGACUCCGGAUGCAAAACCUGCGGCUGGCAGCUGCAAUGAGGACCGUUGGCUGGCUGCGGCGAGUGGCGCCUGAGUUGGAAAACCUCUAUAAUGAUGGGGAAGCUGCCUCCGGAGAGGGUGCCUUGGGUGCAGUCUUCUUAAUCUGUCGACUGGCAAAUUUGGUAUCAAUGCUAGAGGCUCUGGACCCUCUGCGAGAGCUGGCCGACCAGGAGACGCACCGCAGGCUUCACAAGACUGACAAACAAACCGGUGCGACAGGCAACUGGUCCGAUGGUCACCAGACGGAGAAAUACUUGAAACGAUACAUCGAGAUUUUCCGCGAACAAAGUUUCGCGAUUGUUUCCUUGUACAGGAAUAUAUUCUCCCCCGACCAGUCCGAGUCUGAAUUGGCUGUGGCCGGUCUACGCGGAAUCGAUGCUCGAAUUAAGGCGGCAGCCUCCAAGCCAGCCCGCAAAGAAAUCCCAUUUCAACGACUUCCGUCCGCUUUGGCCACUUUUCCUAUGCAGCUAGUCGAACUACUCGCGGAUACGUUGCGCACAUAUCUUCCUAAUGUUCGUGAUAAGAGCUCGCGCGAAAGUCUCUUGACCCAGGUCCUAUACUGCGCAGCCAGUUUAGGUCGACUUGGGGGAGACUUUGGCAUGAUUCUUACGGAGCUGGGAGAUGAAGAAGAUGAAGAAGAUGACGAUUUGGCCUACGAAUGGGAGGAGGUGACGCGGAAACACCGAGCCUUGGCAGGGCGGUUGGAACAGCUGACUGGAGGUGGUGGUGUUGGUGGUGGUGGUGGUGGUAUUGGUGCAACGACGACUGGGUCCUCCUCCAAAGGGACACUGCAAGUUGCCUCGCCGGUUUAACGAGUGACAAGGUGACAAAGUGGAAAAGUGACAAAGUGACAAAGGACGUACUUACUGUAGGGCUUUCCACAACAAAGAUGGCAACAAACCAAAAUGAGGGCGCCAUUGUCAGUCUCUCUCAAGUGAAGGGAUGAGCGCCUUUUGUUCCUAAAUAAGGGAAGUUAGGACACCCCCGGGGCCACUAACCCGAUAGGGCAUGGCAUCCGCCGUCCAACGCUGUCUGGACCAUCCGUCAUCCUCCCUCUCCUCCUCCUCCUCCCCUUCCCUCCCUUCCUAGGUUCUUUCUCACCCUAUCCCUUUUGACGAC